GCUAACUCCAGUCUGGGCAAACACGGACUGCCACAACGGAGGCCCUAGCCAUCCUCUGAUAUUACCUGUGACCACUGCUGGAUACAGAAAUGGCCAACAACUUUACUACAGCACUGGCAACUUCUCAGGGCAACAGCUGUGAUCUUUACGCUCACCACAGCACAGCCAGGGUACUGAUGCCUCUGCACUACAGCCUGGUCUUCAUCACGGGGCUGCUGGGAAACCUGCUGGCCCUGGUUGUCAUUGUUCAAAACAGAAAAAAAAUCAACUCGACCACUCUCUACUCAAUGAACUUGGUGAUCUCCGACAUCCUGUUUACCACAGCUCUACCCACUCGGAUAGUCUACUAUGCGCUGGGCUUUGAUUGGAGGAUCAGUGAUGCCCUGUGCCGGAUAACUGCUCUGGUGUUCUAUAUCAACACGUACGCAGGUGUGAACUUCAUGACUUGCUUGAGCAUAGACCGCUUUUUUGCUGUGGUGCACCCUCUGCGCUACAAUAAGAUUAAAAGAAUUGAAUAUGCAAAGGGUGUUUGCAUAUUUGUCUGGAUUCUGGUCUUUGCUCAAACACUGCCACUGCUCCUCAACCCUAUGUCUAAGCAGGAGGGAGACAAGACCACUUGCAUGGAAUAUCCCAACUUUGAAGGGACAGCAUCUCUGCCAUGGAUUCUGCUCGGAGCCUGCCUGCUGGGCUACGUGCUGCCUCUCGCCGUAAUUCUCCUGUGCUACUCUCAGAUCUGCUGCAAACUUUUCAGGACUGCCAAGCAGAAUCCACUAACGGAGAAAUCUGGCGUGAACAAAAAGGCUCUCAACACAAUCAUCCUCAUCAUCGCGGUGUUCAUCCUGUGCUUCACACCCUACCACGUGGCCAUCAUUCAGCACAUGAUAAAGAUACUCUGUUCCCCUGGAGCCCUGGAGUGCGGGGCGAGAUACUCCUUCCAGAUCUCUCUGCACUUCACCGUGUGCCUGAUGAAUUUCAACUGCUGCAUGGACCCUUUCAUCUACUUCUUCGCAUGUAAAGGGUACAAGAGGAAGGUCAUGAGGAUGCUCAGACGUCAGGUGAGCGUGUCCAUCUCCAGUGCAGUGAGGUCCGCCCCCGAGGAGAAUUCACGGGAAAUGACGGAGUCGCAGAUGAUGAUCCACUCCAAGGCCUCCAAUGGAAGGUAAAGGUGCCCGGACUUCACUGCACAGCAUGCCACGGGAUGGGCGCUGCCCACCCACUGUUCCACUCCCAACCAGGAUGCCUUCCAGUUGUCCUCUCUGGGCACGAAUUCCCACUGCCACCCCAUCAGCCAACACACUGAGAUCCAGACCAGAUCAAGGGAACAACAAAAACAAGUUCUAGUUCAUAAAUGAAAU